UCCAUAAGCAACAAGGAGAUGUAGACGACCUUCUCACUACCAUUUAGGGAGAGCAACAACACAUUCCCUUCUUUGUUUUUGCACUCUUUUUCCUUACCUUUCCUAAAAAAAGUACAUUAUUAUUAUUAUUAUUAUUAUUUUUCUUUUUCUUCUUCUUCUUGUUCUUCAAUGGAAAUUCAAUUUCAACGGCCAAAAGACGAUCCAAAAUCAGGAAUUCCAACAAGCAGAAUGGGAAAAUUCAGGGGAAGAAGCAGAAAUAACACCAACAAAUUUGUUGGUGUGAGACAAAGGCCUUCUGGUAGAUGGGUAGCAGAGAUCAAAGACACAACACAGAAGAUAAGGAUGUGGCUUGGUACCUUUGAGACUGCAGAGGAAGCUGCUCGAGCCUAUGACGAAGCCGCUUGCCUUCUUCGAGGAUCCAAUACUCGAACCAACUUCAUCACUCAUGUUUCGAUGGAUUCUCCUUUAGCUUCUCGAAUUCGAAAUCUUCUUGACAGCAAGAAAGGAACAAGCAAACAAAAACAGAUUGUUGUUGAGGCCCCCGCACCAGUAACUUCCAGCACAAGUAAACUUGUUACCAAUAAUGCUUGCACUAGUACUGGUACUAGCUCUAGCAGCUCCACAGGCAGUGAUGGGGCUAAUUCUAAUACUAGUGGGAUAUUUCAAGAUACUCAAUUUUUUGAUGAUGCAUAUAAACCAGAUUUGAGCAAUUGCAACAAUGAUCAGGAAUUUGAAUUGACUUCCUCUCAAUCUGAUCUUUCAUGGGGUGGAUUUGGACAAGGUUUUGAUCGGUUUUCAUUUACUCAACAAGUGUUGGAUUUGCCAAAGAAUGCUACUACCAUGACUGAGGCUGCAGACUCAGAAUUUUUGGAGUUCGAAAGGAUGAAAGUCGAAAGACAGAUAUCGGCUUCUCUCUAUGCAAUGAAUGGAGUUCAAGAAUAUAUGGAAACUGUUCAUGAUCCUACUGAAGCUCUUUGGGAUCUUCCCCCUUUGUGUUCAUUGCUCUGCUAAAAUAUACUGGUUGUCAAUGACCAUGGAAUUUCUUUUCUUCUUCUUUUUUUCUAUUCUCUUUUCUUAUCUUCUAGUUUUGUUUUCUUUUUCAUUCUACACUUCAAGCGUAUAUGGAUAUGAAUUGGUUUACCAUUACAAAAGAAAAUUUCAAAGAUAAUGGUGGAAUUUUAGU